UAUGUUUUAAAAGGCCCCAGAUGUAUAUUAAUCCAUGAAAGCAAUAUACUGAAUAAAUAAUGUGCAGUAGAGAAUAUGAUGGACCUGUCUCCUGUGGUUCAGGGCUCGCAGCCCAGCGUUCUCCUGGUCGAGGCGUUCUACGGCGGCUCACACAAACAGCUGAUCGACCUGCUGCAGCAGAACGUCCACGGCUGCUCCGUCUACACGCUGCCCGCCAAAAAAUGGCACUGGAGGGCAAGAACGGCCGCGCUGUACUUCAGCCACACCAUCCCCACCUGUCCAUCAUACAGAGUCCUUUUCAGCAGCUCGGUCCUGAACCUGUGUGAGCUGGUGGCUCUCAGACCAGAUCUGGCCAGGCUCAAGAAGGUCCUGUACUUCCAUGAGAACCAGUUGGUUUAUCCGGUCCGCAAAGACCAGGACCGGGACUUCCAGUACGGAUACAACCAGGUCCUCUCAUGCCUGGUGGCGGACGUGGUGGUCUUUAACUCCGUCUUCAACAUGGACUCCUUCCUGUCCUCCAUUUCGCCCUUCAUGAAGAAGAUCCCGGACCACAGACCCAGAGACCUGGACCUGCUGAUCCGGCCCAAGUGUGUGGUCCUGAACUACCCGGUCCAGUUCCCCGACGUCAGCAGGCUGAUGCCCGAACACAAACUGCAGCGAGCCGCAGAGCCGAGGCCACGGGGUCAGGACCAGAGACCUGGACCCACAACAGACCAGAGACCAGGUGGUGAGGGGGACCUUCCAGACCGGCAGAGACCUGGACCAACAACAGACCAGAGACCAGGUGGUGAGGGGGACCUUCCAGACCGGCAGAGACCUCUGCACAUCGUCUGGCCGCACCGCUGGGAACAUGAUAAGAACCCUGAGCUGUUCUUCUCCACUCUGAUCAAACUGAAGGAGAAACAAGUCGACUUCCGCCUGUCAGUGCUCGGAGAGACCUUCACUGAUGUACCAGAUGUGUUUGCGGCAGCUCGGCAGCAGCUGGACUCCAACGUGCUGCACUGGGGCUUCCUGUCCAGGAAGGAGGACUACCUGCAGGUUCUGUGUGAGGCCGACGUGGUCGUCUCCACCGCCAAGCACGAGUUCUUCGGAGUCGCCAUGCUGGAGGCGGUGCACUGCGGCUGCUUCCCGCUGUGUCCGAAGGCUCUGGUGUAUCCGGAGAUAUUUCCAGCGGAGUACCUGUACUCCACACCUGAGCAGCUCUGCAAACGGCUGCUGGCGUUCUGCAGGAGGCCGGACACUGCCCGCAGACAUGUGGUCAAGGUUGACACCUCCUCCUACUCGUGGUCGUGUCUGAAGGAGCGUUUUGAGGCUCUGCUGGCUGCGUAGCGUCCCUGAGGGUCUGGUGGCGGCGCUUCAUUAGCUCUGGCUGGUUGUGAGUCCCGGCCCCGCCCCCAGCAGGCCGAGCUCUCUGAGCCUGAAUCAGAGCGAGCUGGAGACGAGGAGUCUGGACCCGUUAGGUCCCGUCCCCCGUCUGUAUGUGGUUUGGACUGGAGGGAGCACAUGUAAAAGCUUUCAUGUUUCCAGGCGGUGCCACCUCAUAUAUCCGCUCUGUUUUUAUCCUCGGUGGCGGCGGCCAGGCAGGCUGCUGCUCCACCUGAGCUGCCAGGUUCACCACAGACUGUAAUAAAGGGUUAAACUGCA